UGAGAAGUUGACUAUGGGCACCGCGGGUACAGUUGAACCAUAUUCCACUUGUUUCCUCCUACAAUCUUCAACUUCUCCGCCAUUUCACCUGAAUCCUACUUACCCAGAACUGUAACAAACCCUAACAAUGUUCAAACCCAGAUAAAAUUCACAAUCUUCAAAUUCUAACGAAAUUUACAAAACAGAUUGAAAAUUAUGUCACUUAUUCUUCAAAACCCCUUAUCCAAUUCCAAUUAUCGCAUAAAGUUCCAGUCCUCCAACAAUCCCAUUACCACCCACUUCAAUCCUACCAAAACUCUCAAUUUCUCUCUCCUCUAUCAUCAACCCUUGCAUCAUAACAGCUACUCAUUUCAAAAAAACUUCUCCUUGUUGCGAAAUCGCUUCUCUCUCAUCAAAGCUCACGAUUCUUCUUCCUUCACUGCAUUCCAAGAACAAGAAGCUUCUGUUCAAUUGUUCAAUUGGGACGGUUUUCUCUCUUUUUUGGAGUCAAUUUGCGUGGUUUCUUCAGUAUUGAUUUCAGUGGGAUGUUUUGUAAAUUGGGUGUUUUUUAAGCAGCAUACUUCUGGAUUACUGUUGUUAGGAAACAGAAUAUUGGUAUGGCUUUUAGCUGCUUCUGUGGCAGUUGGUUCUGUGAUCCGAAGGCGGCAAUGGAGGCGGGUUUGUGGGUCGCCCACGAGGUCGAAAUUUGGUUAUGAGAAUGGAAAUGUGAUUGAUAGGAUAGAGAAAUUGGAGGAGAGUAUGAAGAGUGCUACUUCAAUUAUUAGGAUGCUUUCUAGGCAGCUUGAGAAGUUGGGGAUUCGGUUUCGGGUUACUAGGAAGGCCUUGAAGGAGCCCAUUUCUGAGACUGCAGCUUUGGCUCAGAAGAAUUCCGAAGCUACCCGUGCUUUAGUGAUGCAAGAAGGUAUCCUGGAAAAAGAGCUCGCUGAAGUGCAAAAAGUUCUGCUUGCAAUGCAGGACCAGCAGCAAAAACAGCUGGAGCUGAUCCUCACAAUCGCAAAGAGUGGAAAAUUAUUUGAAAACAAGCAAGCACCCAGUCAAAGGCCAGGCAUGAAUAAAACAGCUUCAGAUAAUGGUUUGAGACAAGUUGAUGGGCAACAAAUUCAAGCAACGGCAGUGCAAAAAGGCGCGAAUGACAGGGUAUCAGGACCAUGACGUUUCAGAACUUCUUGUCAUUCACAUUUUGAUUGUUAUGUGGUCUUCGGAUGGACUAAACGAGCAAAACAUUCGAGUUUCUUCAACAACCUUGUUGUGACAGUACAAUCAGCUAGUUGUAUUGUUUGGAAGAAACUAGGGCUGGUAUAGGUGGAAUCAUAGCUGAUACUGCGAAGCAUUUUGUGGUUGCCUAUACUUUGACUGAUUUGUUGUGUUAUGUUCUCAAGAGGCAUUUGCUUGAGGGUUUGUUGUUUGUAUAACGUUGUGAUCAAUAAUGUAUUCAUUUAAGAGAGUUUGACUCAGUGUCUAAUUUCUUGUUGAGAUAAUGCGAUGUAGUAUUUGUGAACGAAUCUAUUCUUUGUGACCGAGUUUUUCUUUUUUAGUUCUUUAAAAGCUUCAAUAUUAAGAUAAAUGAUACUAGCAAAUUUGAAUAAUGUUAUUAAAUUUAUGACAA